GUGCACCGGUUGCUCCUCAGCACUUACAGAGUCAGAGGGACUGUGUGCAGCAGAGAGCGAGAGCAACAGACACACACACCAAGACUGAGUUACUGAGAGGGGACAGCACACUCCUUUUCUUUACGCUUUAAACUUGCAGCUGCAGUAAACAAGGACAGACAGGUAGAACAGGUGAAGAAGCACUCUCAAUGAUGGAAGACUACACUCUCCCCUUCUGGAUUUACCUGGCCGUUGUGACUGUAGUUAUCGGCGGAGCCAUGAAGAAGAUCUUGGCUUCACACCUGAAUGCCGCCUCCACCGUGGUGGCCUGGCUGGGGGCCACCGUGCUGGUGGAGAGGCUGUGGGCGAUCUGCUUGCCGGCCGUGCUGCUGCUGGUCCUGUUUGGCAUCACCUUUUGCCUCUGCUCCGCAACCAGAACUGGCCAGCCACGAGCCAUGCUACCGGCCCACGGCAAGGCCAUCUUCAUCACAGGCUGCGACUCCGGCUUUGGGAACGCGGCAGUAAAACAUCUGGACUUCCUGGGCUUUGAGGUGUUCGCCACAGUGUUGGAUCUGAAUGGAGAUGGAGCCAGGGAGCUGCAGAGAACCUGCUCGCCCCGCCUCACCCUCUUCCAGGUGGACAUCACCCAGCCACAGCAGGUGCAGCAGGCCUUGCUGGACACCAAGGCCAAACUGGGGCUCAAAGGUCUGUGGGCUUUGGUGAAUAACGCCGGCAUGUGUGUGAACUUCGGAGAUGCUGAGCUGUCACUCAUGUCCAACUACCGUGGCUGCAUGGAGGUCAACUUCUUCGGCACACUGAGUGUCACCAAGGCCUUCCUGCCACUGCUGCGACAGGCCAAAGGACGCAUCGUGACCAUCUCGAGCCCAGCCGGUGACCAGCCCUUUCCCUGCCUGGCAGCGUACGGAGCAUCAAAAGCAGCUCUGAACCUCGUCACAGAGACUCUGCGGCAUGAGCUGGAGCCCUGGGGAGUCCAAGUAUCCACCAUCCUGCCAUCCUCAUACAAGACAGGUCAGUCCAGUAACGCCUCCUACUGGGAGCAACAGCACAAGCAUCUGCUGCAGAAUCUGUCCCCAGCGCUGCUUGAGGAGUACGGUGAGGAGUACUUGACUGAGACCAAGGAUCUGUUCCAGAGCUUCGCCAGCAAGGCCCCCACCAACCUCCAGCCCGUGGUCGACACCAUCGUACAGGCCCUGUUGGAGCUGCAGCCUCAGGCACAUUACUAUGCGGGUCCCGGCUUAGGCCUCACGUACUUCAUCCACAACUUCUGCCCCUACAGCGUCAGCAACCGCUUUCUGAAGAAACUGUUUUUGAAGAAGAAGGUGUUGCCGCGCGCUCUGGGGAAGCAGUCGGCCUUCGAUCUGAACCUCAGCUUUCACAAUAACAACAACAAUGAGGAGAAGCUGCAUCAGAUGUGAGACAGUCGACAUCGAUGGCAUUAUCCUACAGAUAGAGGACCACUCCUGUAACUCACUCAUAGAGCUGUACCCUGUCGUUUUGUAUGUUUUUUAAAUUGUUGAAGGGAACAUAGUGAUGCACCAAAAUGGUUUCUGUUUGUCUCUGUAUUGUCUGGCCUGCAAGGACUCAUGUGGAGUUUAGGGGUGGGGUCUGCCCGAUGCAGCCACAGGUCACCUCUGUCAGCGAGAUCAGCUGUACUGUACAAACACCGUAAGGUUCACACUGACGUCAUGUGCCUUUAUCACAGAGAAAGAAGAAACAGCAGCAGAGCAGGGGAGCAAACACCACAGCAGCUCGUUAAACUCGUUACUGCUACCACUCUUAUUUUCUCAUUUUGCUUCAGAAUCUUAAUAAAACGUUUUUGAUCAAAGGCCCAUCAGCAGCACAUGUACAGUCAGUGUGGUUCUAGAGAUGUAAAGAGGAUUUAACCCAGAGGAGGUUUUGAACAGAUAUGUGACGUAACUUUAAGAUCCACCUCGAUUCAGUUCAGCUUGAAAUAUGCUGAUGUAUUAUCAAAUCAAAUUAUAUGCAGUGUGAAAGAACAAAACUGCACAAUUCAAAGAAUGGAAACCACAGCAGCAACACUUCCUGUCUAAAGGAGCUUCUGCUGGUUAAAAUCACACACGGGUCUGGUCUGACUCUAGAUGUGGACUCUGGCCCAGCACCGAUUCAACUCAUGCUGCUGAUCUUCACACAGAAAGAGCCACUUUUGUGUCUGAGCCAGAGCAACAUCGCAGCUGAGCUGAGACACCUGAGAGGAUCUUAAAGCAACAAGUCACAAAGUUAAAGCUAAAAACCUCAGAGCACUCAUUUGGAAACAAAAUGAAACCUCACAUCUGCUGCAUACAGUACAGAGAUUACCGAAAUUCAGCCAGCUCCACGUUUAUAUUCAGUACAGAAAACACUGGAAAGAGAAGGAAAACUGUGGCUCUGCUCAACACAGUCAAUUAGCAACAAAGCCAAAGUCGAGCUUCUCAGUAAAGGCAGUAACCGGCUUUAACACCUGGACAGGUUGAGUUCAGCUUCACCCCACAGACAAAAGGAUCAGAAGAAGAAAAGCAGGAAGUUUUUAUUUAUUAGAAGCAGAUCUGAUUAGAUGCAGGACCUCGUUUAUGUUUCCUGGUGUUUCAUCACAUCAAGGUGAUAAACAAGUUUUCAAUGAGCCACAAAGAACAACUGCGUCAGCGUGAUGGCAUUACAUCAAUAAAUGAUGUAACUCAUUAGUUAUGACAGAGUCAGAAACAAACAGGGAUUUUUUUUACAGAGAUGCUAAAUUACAGGUGAAAUGAGCUGCUGCAGUGCUGCGCCCUCCAUCUCCUACAGAGAUACAAACAUGUUCUUCUUCAGGUAUAUAAAGACUGUAUUUGCACUUGUGGUCUCUCUGCUUGUUUUCUGCAGGAAGCAGAUUCAACACAGAAUAAUUUCAAAACAAAAGCACACGUUCAGUUUGUUUUUACACUCAAAACCAAAACACAGUAACUUUAUUAUCUGAUUCUGGGCUGAGAAGUUUGCUCCUCAGAGCCAAACGAUGCUUAUCAGACUUCCUGCUCGCAUUUAGCCUUCAAAAUAAAAGCACAACUAACUCUGGUGAUGAAUGUAGAUUUUCAACUUAAAUUUUAUUUUGGUCUGAGACUGGAAACUUUUCUGCCUCUGAAUUUCAGAUGAUCUAGUUGCAUCUGGGUUCCUGACAGAGAACCACGGAAACAUUUCUUUUAUUCUCAUGGAAGCAGAAAGUGGGCUGUUUUCUCACAGCGCAGCCGACUGUUUUCUCUCACUCUGACUUCAUCUUCAGGAUCUUCAGUGGUUUCUUCAACCUGUUUCAUCGUCUUUAAGAUUAACAUGGAUCAAUAAAUCAUGUCGCAGUUUGGGGUUUUUUUUUUCCCUGUCGUGAAUGCAAAAAUUCAAACCUCAAAACUUUAUUAGAACACAUGCACAGAGCAGAAAUGGUAUCAUAUGCUGGAGUGUUGCUUUGAGUUGUGCAUACACUAUGUAGUUAGAAAAUGAGCUUUUGUGCACAGUGUGUUGUGUUUCUGUGGAAACAGUCUGCCUCCCAUCAGACUCACCUCCAAAAACUUACCCACGUCUCUGUGUUCUGUUUUAUUGUGUGUUGUGUUGUUUCGUUGCUUUGUUUGUUUUAUUCGUCAGCCCAUUUUGAAUCAAACUAUUUAUGGUGUCUGUUUCUUUUCUCACCACUCAGAUUGUGACUUUGUUUCUUUUUAUAAAAAAUGAGGAAAAAACAACAAAAACAUGAUGUAAAAUGUUCACUUGGUUGAUUCUUUGAUAGAAAUAAAGUUGGCUUUUUCAGA